GUUGUGAUUGGCUGCUUGGGGCGCUGAGAGUGAUGGCGGCAAUGCAGGAGAGUGAGGCGAAGCGGCUGAGGCGAGACUCCGGUACCGGUAACGGGGCUGCAGCUGGGGAGGGAGAGGACCCGGCUCUACACAGCCCCGUGUCCGGCUUCACCACGGAGCGGGUCCUGCGCGACUCGGCGCGGGAGAAAACCCUCUUUGUCCACGGGAAGAUAGAUGACCAGGAGGCCAUUGUCAUACUGGAGAAGACUCCAAUCAGACAAGACACUGUGGACGAAAUGUUGAAGACCAGCACUCUAAAACUAGAGAUGAAAAAUGACAUCUACAGCACCUACCAGCUUCAAGCACCUGCUCAUCUGAACGAAAUCAAGACCACUGUAAUCUGCCCAGCAACUGAGAAGCAUGUAAAGAAAUACCUUCGUCAGGAGACUUUCCUGAUUGAAGAGUCGGGAGAUGAUUACACUGCCAUUACUCUUCCCUACAUAAGCAGCCAAAGCUUCAGUGUCCAGUGGGUGUACAACAUCUUGGAAAAGAAAGCUGAGGCUGACCGGAUCAUUUUUGAAGACCCUGACCCUAAUAUUGGUUUUGUCCUGCUGCCAGAUUUCAAAUGGGACCAGAAGCAGCUUCAUGACUUGUAUUUGAUAGCUAUUGUACACCGAAAGGACAGAAAGAGUUUGAGGGAUCUCACAUCAGAUGACCUCCCACUACUAAAAAACAUCCAGGAAAAGGGACAGGAGGCCAUUAAGAAGCAGUAUGGAGUCCCUCCGAGUAAACUGCGAGUGUAUCUGCACUACCAGCCUUCCUACUACCACCUCCACGUCCACUUCACCUCUCUGGAGUACGAUGCUCCUGGCUCUGGAGUGGAGAGAGCCCACCUGCUGUCCGACGUCAUCCAGAACCUGCAGGCCGACUCCCAGUACUACUCCAGUCGAACCAUCACAUUCCCACUGUGUGCAGAUAACGCACUGCUGCUCAGGUUUAAAGAGGCUGGCAAGCUCUAGGAUAUGCCUGUUGGACUGUCUUGCCUUUUUUAUUACAUUUUUCUAUUUGUUUUUAUUACAUUUCCAACAGUUUAUACAGUCACAAAUAUUAAGCUACUCUCCCAUAUUUAGAUUAAUGGUUUGUACGUCCAUAUUGUCUGACCAUAUACAGUACAGGCCCAAAGUUUGGACACACCUUGCAUUUUCUUUAUUUUCAUUACUAUUUACAUUGUAGAUUCUCACAGAAGGCAUCAAAACUAUGAAUGAUCACAUGUGGAGUUUUAUGUACUUAACGAAAAAUGGCCUGACCUCCACAGUCACCGGACCUGAACCCAAUCCAGAUUGUUUGGGGUGAGCUGGAGCACAGAGUGAAGAAGGCUCCUUCAAGACUUUCCUUCAAUGAUGCCAAGAGUGUGCAAAGCAGUAAUCAGAGCAAAGGGUGGCUAUUUAGAAGAAACUAGAAUAUAAAACAUUUUUUGUUAAGUGAGAAUCUACAAUGUAAAUUGUAAAUUUUUGGCCUGUACUGUAUGUCUUAGUUGUGUGAAUGCACUGAAACAUAAUAUUGCAAUGCAGAUACAUGGACCCCACAUGGAUCCAGCCCUUCAAUUACAGGCUCAAAAACCUUAAAGUCUGUACUAGAGACUGAACCCAUGUUCGUGUGUUUGUUACAUUGUAUACUGUACAUUUGGCCCAGUUAGAUUUGGUUUCCCGCCCUUUUUUUUUUUAUGUGAGCACAUAUUAAAGAUUUUUGCUACAUACGCUCAUCGAAAUCUCCUAUGUUGGCUGGUCCUCCCUAAAGUUCACAUUGUUUGCUUGAUUUUGUAGAAUGUUUUCAGUUAAGAGAGCUGCCUUUCCAGGAUUUUAAUUUUCUGGCUCCUUACCAGAAUCAUGCUCCCUUCAAUUUCAGUCUGAAUUUGGUGCAACACCCUUUCUUUGUCUUCUUCUAUUGUUUAAUAGGUGGCAGCCUGAUAGCCUGCCUCAACCUUCAGUUAUUGGUCUAACAGUUUGAAUUAUCUAGGAAAAGUACUUCUACUCUGCAGACAAACCAAACCAUAGUUCAGUUCAUUUUUUAAUCUGCACUGAGAGCACCUCUUCAGAUUUUGGUCUUUCGGCACCUUUCACAUUAGCUAUUUUUGUUUGGACCCAACUGAAUAAUCCAAAGGUCUGGAACAAACAAGGUAGGUUUAAAAGAACCGUGAAACAUCAGUGAAGUCUUGUGGGGUGUUUCCAGUCAGUACCAGCAAAACAUUAAUGAGUUUCAUGGAGUCCUUACAUCACAAUUUACAAGAAGACUGCAGAUAUCUUGUGGAGUCUGUUAUUUAAAAGAUCAGAGCAGUUUUGGUGACAUAAAUGGGACCUACACAAAAUUAGGCAGGUGCUUUUUAAUGUUAUACAUAAUGAUACAUCAUGGUGUAAACAUGGAUAGCAUGUGUUUUGCAGUUUUUACUUGAACUAUUUGUAAUAUUUUAUUAAACUGAUCUUGUUUAUUGCGUUUUGCGUUGUUUAUGAAACAGUUUUGUUCUGUAUCUUGUUAAUAAAAUAUUGAUUCAUUAA